AUGAUACGAUUACUAGGACUGGCUAGACUGCCUUUACAGAGACCGAUCUACACGUUCAGCAGACAACUCACGACUUUAGGUCUGCGGCGAGAAGAUCCCAAGAGGAUAUGGGAGAGACGAACAGCCCUCACUCCAGAUGCUAUCAAAGGCCUAAUCAGCGAACAGAAGGGUAAAGAGGAGCUACAAGUGGAAGUAGAAAGUUGUGGAAGAAGGUGUUUCUCUGAUCAGCUCUAUCAACAGGCAGGUGCUAAGAUCGUACCUUCCCUGUCGAGUGACGUGGAUGUUGUAUUGGGUAUAAAAGAACCUCCUGUCGAGGAUGUACACAGGUUGAUUGAUGCAAAGGACGGAAAGGAAAUGAAAUGGAUGAUGUUCUCACACACUCAUAAAGGACAGGAAUACAAUACACCCCUUCUCGAAGCGUUCCUGUCUCCCACCAAGGGUCAGACUUUGAUAGACCACGAACUGCUUACAGCGCCUUCUACCGGUAAAGAUGGGAAACCAAGUAGAACGAGGGUAGCAGCGUUCGGAUGGUAUGCUGGAGCUGUCGGGGCUGGCGAGGCCUUAUCAAUGACUGGAAUAGCUCUGUUGAAAAGGGGUAUAGCAUCUCCCCUAUUGCAUCUACCCAGGCCAUAUGCUUCUGGUACUUUGGCGGAAUUCAAGGCUUCCUUGCGGAAAUGUGGUCAGAUUAUCAGAUCAUCUCCUGUAGCUGAGACAAAAGGUCAAGGUCCAAUCGUCAUUGGAGUAACGGGAGGUGGGAAUGUAUCGACGGGGGCCAAGGAGAUGUUGGAUGAGCUGAACGUGGAAUGGGUCAGAGCCGAAGAAUUGGCCGGACUGAAAGAUGCUCCUACAAAUCGAGUAUACGCUUGUAUGAUCCCUACUUCAUCAUAUAUCAUUGGCACCGACGGGGAACCUUAUGACAGAACAGCAUAUUAUAAAACACCUGCCCAGUACAAGUCUAUAUUCGCUGAGAAGAUCGCACCCUACCUCACAACCAUCAUUAACGGCGUUGGCUGGUCAUCUACCUUCCCUCGAACUAUCAGUAAUUCCGAUUUGUCGUCGCUCUUGGGCGCUUCGUCUGGACAGGGGCAGAAACAGAAAUUGGUAGCUGUACAGGACAUAACAUGCGAUAAAGAGGGCGGACUUGAGUUUGUGAACCAAUUCACGACAAUUGACGAACCAUAUUUCGAAGGUCCUGGAGGGAUUCUGAUAAGCAGUAUCGACAUCCUACCAACUGAACUUGCUGCCGAUGCAUCAGCUCAUUUCUCAUCAAAGAUCUUACCUUACGUCCGAAAGGCUCUUUUCCCAGAGGCGCAAGGGGAUAAAACAGGAGAGAACGAUACGGUACAAAGAGCUAUGAUUGUUGAUCAAGGUGAAUUGUUGGAACCGCAUAGGUGGUUAUUACCCAAGGUGGAAGCUUGGAGAUCGAGCUCCUCGUCAUCCAAUGCGACCGAGACUACUCCGAAUUCGGCGCCUCUAGGGCAGUCACGCCAAGGAGGGAAGAAGAAGGUACUACUUCUAGGAAGUGGAUUAGUGGCCGGACCAGCAGUUGAGGUAUUCGCUGCUAGAUCGGACGUGCGUCUGGCGAUUGCCAGCAAUAACCUCUCCGAAGCUAAGACCCACAUCAAAGAUCGCGCCAAUGUCGAAGCUAUUGCACUUGAUGUGGGUGAUGAAGUAGCUUUGGGCGAAGCUGUAGCUGCUUCCGACGUGGUGGUCAGUCUCUUGCCAGCUCCGAUGCAUCCUCAGGUGGCGAAGCACUGUAUCAACUUUUCCAAGCACUUGGUAACUGCCUCUUACGUCUCGCCAGAGAUGAAAUCACUUGACCAAGCUGCGAAAGAGAAAGAUGUCAUUCUCCUUGGUGAAUGCGGUCUUGAUCCGGGAAUAGAUUCAAUGGCAGCUAUGCGAAUCCUGGAUCGAGUCAAGAGGGAAGGUAAGAGAGUCACGUCGUUCGUAUCGUGGUGCGGUGGAUUACCUGAACCUUCGGCUAGUAACGUACCUCUGCGAUACAAAUUCUCUUGGAGCCCUAAAGCGGUAUUGACUGCUGCUCAGAAUGAAGCACACUACAAGAUGAACAAUGAGAUUGUGGAAAUACCAGGAGAUCAAUUGUUAUCAAAACAUUUCCCAGAAGUCAACCUUUGGCCUGACUUGCAGUUAGAAGGUUUAGCCAAUCGAGAUUCCAUCCCUUAUGCAGAGAAAUAUGGAUUAGGGGAGGUGGAAGGAUUAAAAGAUCUGUUCAGAGGUACUUUGAGGUAUCAAGGAUUUUCAAGUUUACUUGAAUCCUUCCGAAAACUUGGUUUACUAAGCAAUGAUCCGCUCAAGAUUGUUCCGGAGAAUUGGCAGGAAUUCUUAUCUCUUUCGAUAGCUAGACAAGUAGGGUACGAGAAAUCGCUCAAAGCGGAUGAUGUGCCUCGGGUGAUAUCUGAUCUGAUGGUUGAUCCGAAGAUUCGAGAAGAGACUCUGGAAGCUUUGAGUUGGUUCUCAUUAUUACCUUUUUCGAAAUCCACCUCAAUCUCCUCAAUUCCAUUGCCCAAUCUCAGAGCACCAGUACCUGUUGACCUAUUCGCCCACCUCCUAUCACAUAAAUUGGCUUAUAAUCCAGGAGAGCGAGAUACAUGUCUAUUACAUCAUUCGUUCACCCUCGAAGGCGCAAGGAAGGAAGAAAAAGUAACUGCAUCUUUGUUACAUUAUGGAGAUGAACAGUCUUCGGCUAUGAGCGUAACUGUUGGCAAGACACUUGCGUUCGCUGCUUUGCGUGUGUUAGAUGGACAGGUCACACAAAGAGGUGUGACGGGCCCUUAUGAGAGGGAAGUUUGGGAAGGGACGUUGGAUAGUCUUGAGAGUGUUGGUGUGUUCGUUAAAGAGGAAUGGAGUUAG